AUGGAUCAUUUUGAAGGAUCUGCCUCGAAAAAAAAUCUAGGGAGACAAGACAACGAAAGUGAUACAGUUAAGUGUUGCAAGGGCACAUCAAAACAACGAGGACAAGGUGAUUGCGAAGAAAAUGUGUUUACAUCAAUGUCACACGAAACAGAUUUUAAUCGGUGCCCUUUGAAUGGACCCAGAGCGAGACAUUUGAAUUCAUCUAUUAAGAAUGAGUUUGGACAACCAUCAAAUCCAUUAUCAGAAGAUAAUAACGAUCAAAACCGUAGUAAUAGUUCACAAACGUCUAAAAGUACGAUUACUAUUACAAGCAAUUCAAAUGAUUCAGGAAGUAGUAGUAAACCUGAUAAAAAAUCUUGUGAUAAUGGCUUAGAAUCCAUUAAAGAUAAACAAACAUGUUCAAAGCACAAAGUUUGUUUGGAAUCUAGUGGCCCAUCACACAGUUACAAUAUAAAUGCAGCAUCAACGAGUGGAGCAUCGUCAAGUAAAACCUUCGAAAAUUUGCCAGAUAAUAGUUUUAGAGAAAAUCGAAAAAGGCCAUCAAGUUUGAAAUUAAAUAGAUCUAAUUUUGAAGGCGAUGAUAGUUCCAGUGAUACUGGUAAUGAUGAUUACUCCUUGGGUUCAGAAGAUGGUUGUAUUUAUACAUACAGAGGUGGUGAGCAUUUAGCAGAUUUGCCUAGUUCAUUUUUUAGCUUAGAUAUGGGUUUACCACUAGACAAACAUCUACCAAUGCUCCCUAAUUACCCUGUUGCUCAACAAGCAGGACCUAAUCCUAGGGAGCAGAAUUCGCGAGCGUCAAGCCCUGAUAUGGAUUUUCUAGAAAUGGACUUUGAUCCUGGGCCCUCAUGCGAAGUGGACACUGGAGAUGAGUCCACACCUGACACAGAUCUAGAAUGUUCUAACAUACCAGAAGAGAAUGAACCAGUUAUAAGAGGGACCUCUCCCGAAUAUUUGCCUGGACCUGUACAACGCCAUCCUGUUGAAGUACCUUCUAGCUCUGCUCAAGUGGUAGAACCACAUUACUAUAAUGUGCCAUCAACAAGUCGUGGGUUAGAAGUAGUGCAAGAUGUGUCUGAGAAUGCAAGCACUGCUCAAACAUAUGGCCCAUAUAUAACCCAUGUUAAUGUGAGGGGAGAACAGUUCCUAGUCCGUAGGACAAUGGCACAUUGGCCUACAAGUCAAACCACCUCUCUGCAUGUUUCGAGUGGUGAUUUAAUAUCGCCCAGGGAAAUUUUAAAUUAUGAAGAGGAGCAUGCAGAAGCACCAUUUGCAUAUCAAAUAAACCAGGGAGAGAGGCCCACCUUAGAUUCAUCAAAUCUGUCAUCAGCAUUGUAUCAUCUCUCUAUGGCUAAGAAAUUGAUGAUAGAAAAAACCAAAACUGAUAUAGAAAACCAUGAUCCGUUAAUGGAUAAGCCUGGAACAUCGUCAGCCGAUUGUGUGGGUUCUGUGGGGUGCAUAGAGCCGCCUCGGUGCAUGGUGUGGUCAGAGCGAGAGGCUUGUGAGAGACAAGUGACACAGAUCGGCACGUCUGCUUGCGGUGCCACGGCUGUGGUUAAUGUAUUUAUUGCACUUGGAGUACCUGUUAAUGUAGAAAGGAUCAAUUCAUCGGUCGGCACAAGACUAAGAGCAAACAAUGCACCAUUACCAAGAUAUUUAUUAUCACGUGCUGUGGCGGGUUGCACAGCUGCAGACUUAGUGACAGGUAUACAAAGGGCAUCGGAUGGCCUUGUAACUGCUAGAUUCUUCCCUACAUACCCUGAGAGAGCUGUUUCUUUGUCUCAUUGGUUAGCAGACUGGAUAUCACUUGGAGCCGUACCAAUAUUAACUCUCAACCUUCAAAUGGGUUGCGAAGGUGAGAUCCCAGAUGCGUGGCAUCAUCAAAUGGUGUUCGGAGUGUCUUCUCAUGGUGUUUACUUAACAAACCCUGUUGAAUGUGUACGGGAGACAGCACUAUGGCCCCGAUUGACAUCACCAUCAGUGUUGCUAGUGCGGACCAGAGAUGUGUUAGCAAGGUUCACAGCUAACACCGAUCUCACACCCUUAAUGGUUGUACCUGAUCGACGCUUCCACACGUUCAAUGUCCUUGGUCAAGUAGUGAACGCGAUCCGUGAGUGGCGCGCCACGGGCUGGUCGGAGCACGGCACGCGCACGCGCCACGUGCGGCUGCCGGCCGCCUACCGCGCCGGCGUCACCGUGGCCGCGCUCACCGGCUCCGAGGCGCACCGCCGCCUCGUGCACGCGCCGCCGCUGCCCGCGCUGCGCCCCGCCCCGCCCGGCGCCGAUGAGCCGUGA